UGGCGGCGGCGGCCACGUCGGAGGCGGCGGGGCCGGGGCCGGGCGCGGCCAUGGCGGCGCGGGGAGCCGAGGCCGAGGCGCUGUUCGAGGCGCACACGGCGGCCGAGCUGCGGGCGGUGGAGCGGCGGCUGCGGGCCGGCAUCGAGCAGAAGCGGGAGGAGCUGCGGCAGAUGGUGGGAGAGCGCUACCGGGACCUGAUCGAAGCCGCCGACACCAUCGCCGAGAUGCGCCUCAGCGCCGAGCGCCUGCUGAGCUCCGUGCGGGGCCUCCAGCGCGGCGGCGCGGCCCGGCCCGGCCCCGCGGCGCCGGUGAGGGGAGCGAGGGGCUGCGCUGGGGCCGGAGGGUCGCUCCCGGAGCCCACCGCCACCCACCGCCUCUCCGUCCUCCUCCAGGCUCGGCCGCCAGCUCAGGAGAGCUUCUACCGGGCGGCGGCGCAGCUGAAGCUGCUGCUGGACGUGCCCGAGAAGGUGUGGGGCGCCGUGGAGGCCGGGCGGUACCUGCCCGCCGCCCGGCUCCACCUGCUCGGUGGCCACCUCCGCCGGCAGCUGCGGCUCGACGCGCCCCGCGCCCGCCCCGGCGCCGUCCUCGGCCGCUUCCCCAUCCUCCUGCGGCAAGUGGCGGCCGCCAGCCACCUGAGAUCCACCAUCCUGCAGGAGAGCAAGUCUCUGCUGAAGAGCCAGACGGCGUCUGACCAGGCUGUGGCAGAAGCCCUGUGUGCCAUCAUGCUCCUGGAGGACAGCUCUCCACGCCAGGCCCUCGCUGAUUUCCUCCUGGCCAGGAAACUGGCCAUUCAGCAGCUUCUCAACCAGCCACACCACGGUGCAGGUAUAAAAGCUCAGGUAUGUUCACUGAUGGAGCUGCUAACCACUACCCUGUACCAGGCUCAUGCUCUCUUCUACACCGUGCCUGAAGGGAUGCUCCCCGAUCCAGCCCUGCCCUGUGGCUUGCUCUUCUCCACUCUGGAGAGCACCACAGGCCAGCACUCUGCAGGGAGAGGUGGUGUUCUGGAGGAAGAGGUGAAGCUGAGUGGGUGGUUCAAGUACCUCCCAGAGUCUGUGGUGGAGUUCCAGCCAGCCCUGCGGACCCUGGCACACCCCAUCAGCCAGGACUACCUCAGGGACACGCUGCAGAAGUGGAUUGCCAUGUGCAGCGAGGACAUCAGGGCUGGGGUCAGCAACCUGCUGGUCUAUGUGACGAGCAUGAAGGGCCUGGCAGGGAUCCGUGACGCCGUGUGGGAGCUGCUGACGGGAGAGGCCCUGAGCCACAACUGGGAGCCCAUGUGCCAGCGCCUGCUGGACAAACCUGCCUCCUUCUGGGAGGAUCUGCUGCAGCAGCUCUUCCUGGACAGGCUGGAGACUCUGACCAAAGAAGGAUUCGACUCCAUCUCCAGCAGCUCCAAACAGCUCCUCACUUCAGCCUUGCAGGAGCUCCAAGACAAGUCCAACACGUCUGCCCUGAGCAAGCACAUCCACUUUGAACACAACGUGGCUCAGUUCCUGUGGUCGGAGAGCCCCGGCGACCUUCCUCCCGACGCCGCCUGGCUCAGCGUGGCCAACCGUGGCCCGCUGGCCCGGAGCGGCCUGGCCAUGAAGGCCCAAGUGCUCACACCGUGCGUGCAGAGCUUCUGCUCGGCUCUGGACUCCAAGCUGAAGGCCAGACUGGAUGAUCUCCUGUCCUACCUUCCUGCAGACCCCUCGGUUGCCAAGGAGGCGGCCGCCGCGGUGCCGCCGCGCUCUGCCUUCGACCGCUACGCCGACGCCGGCACGGUGGAGGGGCUGCUGCGCCAGCACUGCCUGGCCUGCAUCCAGCACGUGCUGGGCUGCGUGUGCCAAGAGCUGCAGAGCGCCCAGAGCCUGCUGGCGGGGCGGGAGGAUGCUGCCAGUGACGCCAGGCUCGACGCCGUCCUCUUCGUGGCGAGACUGUGCCAGUCGCUGCCCGAGCUCUGCCCUCACCUGAGGCAGUGUAUCCUGGGCCAGGCGGGCAGCUCGGACGUGGCGCACAAGGAAAGCCGCCCCACCAAGAAACUGGGGAAGGGGAAAGGCCAGGAAGUGACCCCCGAGCAGGCCAAGUGGCAGGGGGUGGAGGCAGAGCUCCUGCAGCAGAGCCUGUUCGCUUACCAGAUCUGGAGCUCAGCCAUCACCAGAAGGCUGGUUCGCUGCUUUGCCCACACGUUGCUGCUCGACACAGCUGGCUCUGUCCUGGCCACAGCCACCAACUGGGAUGAAAUUGAAAUUCAGGAGGAGACAGAGUCUGGGAACAGCGUCACGUCCAAGAUCCGGCUGCCAGUGCAGCCCUCCUGGUACGUCCAGUGCCUCCUCUUCAGCCUGUGCCAAGAGGUGAACCGGGUCGGUGGCCACACUCUUCCGAAGGUCACCUUGCAGGAGCUGCUGAAGACCUGCCUGGCAGAAGUGCUUGCUGCUUAUGAGAGGCUGAUGGAAGAGAAGAAGGAGAAGAAAGCAGGAGCCUUCCCCAUGACCCAGAACAGAGCUCUGCAGCUACUCUACGACCUGCGGUACCUGAGUAUCAUCCUGACAGCGAAGAGCGAGGAAGCAAAGCCCAGCAGGGUGAAGCAGGACUCUGGGGUUGAGAAGGUGACUGACUUCCUGGAGGCACACAUAGAUCCCUUUGACUUGGACGUUUUCACUCCACACCUGAACAGCAACCUGAACCGCCUGGUUCAGCGAACCUCCGUUCUCUUCGGCUUGCUGACCGGCACCGAGAGCCAGUAUGGGAGCAGGAGCAGUGCUCUGAGUGCCCAGGAACCCCACAACAUCCUGCCCUUAGCCUCCAGCCAGAUCAGGUUUGGGCUGCUGCCGCUGAGUACGUCGAGCUCCAGGAAGAGCAAAUCUGCUGCCAGGAGCACAGAAAGCGUUCAGUGCGACGCUGACCUUUAACUCCCGAGGAAGCCUGGCUUGGGUUCCAGCUGCUGCACUCCCACGAGCAGAGGACGAGGGCUCACGUCCAGGCUCUCUCUUCAGGCAGCUGGUAACGGAGGAGGAAGACACAGCCCCAUCUUCUCUCUUCAAGCUGGGAUGGCUUUCAGGCAUGACCAAGUGAUGCAAUAAAAAGUGAAAGGUU